GUCCGCACAGCCGUGUGUCGCGGUGCCCCCCCAAUGAGUACCAGUGUGGGGGGAUCGAGCUCUGUAUCCACAUGAGCAAACUGUGCAACGGGGUUCCAGACUGUACCGAUGGCUGGGACGAGGGUCCGCACUGCAGAGGUACUGAACACACACCCACCCUCACUUCCUCCCUCCCUCAGUGCCUCUCUCCCUCCAUCUCCCACUGUUCAAUUAGCCUGUACAGAUAGUGUAUUGUAUUUGUCCCCUAACCCUCCCCCAUACAUUCUCCGCCCAGGCAGGGAAUCUUGCAGCACUACAAUGGAGGGGAGGUGGCCUGGCCAUGGCAGAUUGAUUCUAACAUGGCUUAUCCUCCUACCCCCACAUUAAUGUACACAGCACAUGCAUGCUGCCCACAUCAAAGACAUCACUCCAUCUAUAAAAUUGGAUUAUGAUUAUGACGGAUUACUGCAGACUUACAUGUAACGAAACAUGUGUGGGACUAUAAUAACAUUACUUAGUUUAUUUUUCCACCAAGCAUUGUUGAACUCCCAUGGGGUUUUGCAAGUCUGGCUACCUACGGUAUUUUCCUAUUUCUGGCCCUGGUUUACUAUUAUUGACCUGAAUGUGUUUAAUGUAUAGUACAAAGGGGACAGAUACAUGUUAUACAUUUAAAAUUAUUAAAAACAUUAAAGCUAAAUUAUUAAGUGAAUUGUUUGAAAAGGUCUUUGCCCUCAUCUAAUGUAAGGUUAUAGAAAGCUGUCCCCAUCUCGAUCUUUCUCUCUCCCCCUUUCCCCCUCUCACUAAUCUCUGUACACUACUCCUCUUUCAUCCCCCUCUUUUCUUUAAUUAGCCCCCACCCCUCUCUCUCUUUCUGUCCAUCCUUAUUAUCACACGCUUAUGUUGUUCUUUUCUCAUGGGAGAAAACAUGUAUUAUCAAAUCAUUGAAGAUGUUGUUGUCAUGGCUAUACUGCCCAUACUGUAGCUACAGCGCUGUAAGCAGGGUUGGGUGGUGUUAGGUGUGAGUGUAUGAAGCAGGUCAGACUUCUGUGUGUGUGUGUGUUUGUUUGUUUGUUUGUUUGUUUGUUUGUCGGUUUGUGUCUGUGAGCACACUGACUCUGGCUUUUGCAAAACAAAAACUGGGAGCACACUCAAAUCAUGAUUAUCCAGCCUGGAUUACCUUUUUUCCAGAUUAACUGUGCCAACGAAAGUUCCUAACUGAAGACACAUGCUGAUUCUGAUUUGGUUGGCCAAACGGAGAGAAAGAAAAAUAUGAUCAUGUGAAAAGCAGGGUUUCCCAAACUCGGUCCUGGGGCCCCCCUGGGUGCACGUUUUGGUUUUUGCCCCAGCACUACACAGCUGAUUCAAAUAAUCAAAGCUUGAUGAUGAGUUGGUUAUUUUAAUCAGCUGUGUAGUGCUAGGGCAAAAACCAAAACAUGCACCCGGGGGGGCCCCGCGAUUGGGGAAACUCUGAGCUAGAGGACAGGGUGGCUGGAUAGAUGGUGUUAGCUGAAGCGCUAAAGGUCGUCUAAUACCAAUGGCUGGCAUAAUCCAGGAAUGGGUCAUGGUUGGCCAAUGGCAUAAACUGGAGAGGGGUAAAAAAUGGUACCUUAGUACUAAGGGCUGGGAAUUGCCAGGGACCUCACGAUACAAUAUUAUCAUGGUACUUAGGAGCGAUAUGAUAUGUAUUGCGAUACUCAUGAUUCUAUAUGUAUUGCGAUUCCAUACUGCGAUUUUAUUGCGAUUUAAUGUUCCAAACAUAUUGCUCACCAUGUCUGCUGCAGACGGACAAGAGAGAGCAUGAGAAAAUGAAUUUUGAUCAGUCAUGGAAAGAAAAGUGCUGAAAACAUGUUGACUCACUACUUAAAAAGAACAAGAUAUAGGAUAAAAAAUAGCCAAGUUUUUGCGCGAAGUAUCAAUAUAACAUCGUCCAAAAUAAUACUGUGAUAUGUAACUAUCUAUUACCAAUCACUACCUAUUACUAGACUAUAAUAUUUGAGUAUCUCUUGUACAGUUCUUCUGUGCUGUACUGUGUGCACAAGGAAAUGUGCACACACAUUCUCUUGCAUACAUACUGUAGUCACACCAACACAUACUCACUCACUCUCUCUUUCACACAGUCUACACACACACACACACACACACGUGUGUAUGUGUUAGUGUAACUAUAGGAUUUUAACACGUGUGCUCAACACCACAACCACUUCUUUGGAUCCCAUGAGACACCUGUCACCUCAAUUCCCAUCCCUUCAUCCUUCUAUCCCUCCACCCCUUCAGAGGGAAGGCGAGCGAAGGAUGAAAUAUUUAUGACAGUAACACGGAGAGAGGAGGGACAUCAAAUUUUCAUGCUGCUUCACGCUGGCAGGGCUUUGAGUGGUGUGUGGGUGGGUGCGUGCGCUCGCGUUCGACUCCAUAGGCCAGCUUCAAUCUUCCUAGGUAGUCAAAUGCCAGGUUAGCGGGGGGGUUACCCAUCCUUCAUAUAUUCCUCACGGUUAUCAGAGUGCUCACGUCAAUAUACUUGGUGCCCUGGUGUUUAAAAUGGGGGGUGCCCUGAUUUGUUAUCGGAAUGCAGGGACUCUACAAGGUGUCCACAAGUGUUCCACAGGGAUGCUGGCCCAUGUUGACUCCAAUGAUUCCCAUAAUUGUGUGAAGUUGGCUGGAUGUCUUUUGGGUGGUGGACCAUUCUUAAUACACACAGGAAACUGUUGAGUGUGAAAAACCCAACAGCGUUGCAGUUCUUGACACAAACCGGUGCACCUGGCACCUACUACCAUACCCUGUUCAAAUGCACUUAAAUCUUUUGUCUUGCCCAUUCACCCUCUGAAUGGCACACACACACAAUCAUUGUCUCAAGGCUUAAAAAUAUUUUUUAAACCUGUCUCCUCCCCUCCUACACUGAUUUGAUGUGGAUUUAACAAGUGACAUCAAUAAGGGAUCAUAGUUUUCACCUGGAUUCACCUGGUCAGUAUAUGUCAUGGAAGAGCAGGUGUCCUUAAUGUUUUAUACACUCAUUGUACCUUGAUCUGCAAUGGGGCUUAUUCCCUAUUGGUGUGUCUGCAUUGCUGUACCCCCAUUGUAACACAGUGACAUUGAGGUGGUGGUAUGAUUUAUGGUACAUCUUAUAAGUUACGCCUGCUAGUGCUACUACAGAACUUUUAGAAGUUUGAUAAGGCAAUGUAGCUAUGGAUUGCCACCGGCAACGGGCAAAUGUGCUGACUUGUGUUUCAUAUUUUGUGCUACUCAACAAUACUGUUCUGAACUGUGGUAAACAAACAGAGAAGCCAGUAACUUUAGGUGCACCACCUUUAAGAACAAACUCUUAGUUUGAAACUUUAGUGUUCUCUGUCUCUCUGUCUGUCUCUCGCUCUCGCUCUGUCCCUCUCUGUCUCUCUCACUCUCGCUCUCUCUGUGUGUCUCUGUCUCUCUCUCGCUCUCUGUCUCUCUCUCGCUCUCUGUCUCUCUCUCGCUCUCUCUGUCUCUCUCUCGCUCUCUCUGUGUGUCUCUGUCUCUCGCUCUCUCUGUCUCUCUCUCGCUUUCUCUGUGUGUCUCUGUCUCUCUCUCUCUCUCUGUCUCUCUCUCACUCUCGCUCUCUCUGUGUGUCUCUGUCUCUCGCUCUCUCUGUCUCUCUCUCACUCUCGCUCUCUCUGUGUGUCUCUGUCUCUCUCUCGCUCUAGCUGUGUGUCUGUCUCUCUCGCUCUCUCUGUGUGUCUGUCUCUCUCUGUCUGUCUGUCUCUCGCUCGCUCUGUCUGUCUCUCGCUCGCUCUGUCUGUCUCGCUCGCUCUGUCUCUCUCGCUCGCUCUGUCUCUCUCGCUCGCUCUGUCUCUCUCGCUCGCUCUGUCUCUCUCUCUCGCUCUGUCUCUCUCUCUCGCUCUGUCUCUCUCUCUCGCUCUGUCUCUCUCUCUCGCUCUGUCUCUCUCUCUCGCUCUGUCUCUCGCUCUGUCUCUCUCUCUCGCUCUGUCUCUCUCUCUCUCGCUCUGUCUCUCUCUCUCUCGCUCUGUCUCUCUCUCUCUCGCUCUGUCUCUCUCUCUCUCUCGCUCUGUCUCUCUCUCUCUCGCUCUGUCUCUCGCUCUGUCUCUCUCUCUCUCGCUCUGUCUCUCUCUCUCUCGCUCUGUCUCUCGCUCUCUCUCUCUCUCUCGCUCUGUCUCUCUCUCUCUCGCUCUGUCUCUCUCGCUCUGUCUCUCACAUUGACAGUGUGAAUGGGCUGGUGUUGCCCUUAAACGGUGUGAGUGAUAGAUAUCAUCCAGAUCUGAUGUGACCGCUGCUGUUUUGUCUCUGCUGCUCUGACUCAGAACACUGGCCCGGCAUAUGCAGAUUUUCUCACAGGAUGUAGUGGUGACAACUCGUGACUCCGUGAGAUGACGGAGAGGUGUGUCAAGGUGUGAGCGUGUGACAGCAAUAUUAAGGUGUGUAUGGAUGAACGAUUCAUAGUGUGGAAGUGCAUGUCUGCAGUGUUUGUGUGUGUUUGAGGUCCGCCUUGGCACAGUCCUGCCUAUGAGGGAUUGAUUAGUGCUGGGCUGCAGUGUUUGCCUGUGGAUUUAUCUCCCUGGCCAGGCACACAAAAAACCCAUUUCUCUGUAUAUCCCUUUACCAACCAUUUACCCCCCCCCCCCCCCCCCCCCCCCCCCCCCCCCCCCCCCAACCCACUCUUUAACAUGCACACAUACAUUCCUACAUACAGACUUCUCCUCUCUGGGGUGUGAGUACAGUUCACUGGGUUUUGGGAGCAUUGAUUGCCCAUAGGAAGCUGAGAGCUGCACUUUUUCCAAGGCCCAGGGGCUCAUUUUGCAUCCCCAGGCUUUCCUGCUUCCUUAUGCCAAGAGGCAAGCCCCCAGCUCUGGGUCUGGUGUGACAGACAAUGUCCUAUAUGACUAGAGCCUGGGCUAUUGAUUCCUACAUAUAAAAUGACUGUUCUGCAGUUUUCAGAGUGAUUUAAUGUCCAUGAUGGACAGACACAUCUAAGGGAAAGAUGAUUGACCUACAUGGCAACAAAGGCUGAGCUAGGGAAAGGGAAGGGGGAUACCUAUUUUUUAUUUAUUAGGAUCCCCAUUAGCCGACGCCAAUGGUGACAGCUAGUCUUAUUAGGGUCAGACACAUAACGGAAAAUAAAUUACAGACAAAAUACUUUACAAUUGACAUUUAAAAACAUUAACAUGUAGUGUGUGUGCAUCUAUCAGUUACACAUACAUGUCAGUACAUACACACAACAAGUAGGUCACACAAUUUGGAAUUCCCCCCCCCCCAAAAAAAAGAAGUGAUGCAUUCAGUCUUACCUCAACAAUAAGCCAAGAGAGACUGGCAUGCAACCGAAAUGUGUUUUCUGCAUUUAACCCAAGCCCUCUGAAUCAGAGCGGUGCGGGGGCUUCCUUAAUCGACGUCAUCGGCGCAGUUGUUGAGGGUUAACUGCCUUGCUCAAGGGCAGAACAAAUUUUCCACCUUGCCAGCUCGGGGAUUCGAACAAGCAACUUUUUGGUUACUGUCCCAAUGCUCUAACCGCUAGGCUACCUGCCGUCCCCAGCUAGUCAGUCUUCCAGGGUUGUGAAAACCAAGUAGGCUAUUUUGCAGCAGACACACUGAGAGCAAUGAGAGUACACUACUUCACUGUCUCAUCUACAGAUAUAUAUUCCUUAAAGUAAUAUCCUUGUAAUUAUGUAAUAUUUAUAUAUUCCCCUUUCUGUCAUGCCCAUACCCUCUUCCUGCUCCCUUCUCCACCGCUCCCCACCCUCCUCUACCCUCCUCCACCCCAUCCCUUGUUUCUACAGACAUUGCCUCUCAAUUGCUCCUCAAAGUGACCCCAACAUAUCCUUUCCUAUCUCUCCUCCCUUCUCCCUCUCUCCCUGUCGCUCUACAGAAUUCGCCACCAACUGCACUCUGUCGAGUUGCCAGGACAACUGUUCGGUGACUCCGUCGGGCGCUGCAUGUUACUGUAAGAGUGGAUAUGAAAUAGGGCUGGAUGGCAAAACAUGUAAAGGUGAGGUCCACCAACCGGGAAACCUUUAGCCAUCUAGACACUGUGACAACCUACAGCCUGCUAUUGGCUUUAUAAACAGUAGGCCUGGCCUAUACCUAAUUUAAAAAGUCUGGUGGGCAAUUAUUCCUGGUCAAAGGACCAUGAAAAAGAGCUGGAGGGUUUUUGUGCACUAACUAUAGCUAACCAGAUGUGAUUGUCCCAUGUAUAAUCUACUGUGUGUUGUGGUCAGAUUUUGACGAGUGCAGUGUGUACGGUACCUGCAGCCAGUCCUGUACCAACACAGAGGGCUCCUACACCUGCAGCUGUGUGGAGGGCUACCUGCCCCAGCCCGACAACCGCUCCUGCAAGGCCAAAAAUGGUAGGUAUUAACCACCUGUCACCACUACAACCACUCACCUCUUUUUUUUUCUCAACGGUCCCCUCAAUGCUUUCCAGGGGGCUUUUGAUCUAGUGUAAAUAUACUGUGCGGAAUUCUUAUGAGCUGUUGAACACCUACUUUUACACACCCCUCACACUCCUCUCCUAGUCCCAGUAGAAAGGAACUCGGUGCUGCUGAUCGCCAACAGUCAGAACAUCCAGGCCACGUCUCUGAGCGGCACCACGAUCAGCCUGCUGUCCACCACCACCAAGCAGACCACUGCCAUGGACUUCCUUUACGCCCAGGAGCAGGUGUGCUGGAUCCACGUUGGCGACACGUCCUCCUCCACCCACCUCAAGUGUGCCAAGAUCCCCAACCUCAAGAGCUUCGCUGACGAGAGGGUCAUCAACAUCUCCCUCAGCCUGCACCGUGAGUACACUGUAGUA